UUUUCCAGAGCCUCAGCCGGCGUACUACUGCUCUGAGGAACCGUUUGGUCGCAGUGAGGAGGAGAGAGCCCUGAGCUCAGAGGGCCAAAGGUCACCAGGGGUCACCGGCCGCGCCUGUACGCCCAGCCCUCCCCCCCCACCCUCACCACCACCACCAGCCCACGUCAACGAGAAAACUUCACCAAAGCUGUUCAGCCCAAGCAGGCUCACUUUUACUUCUUCCCAGUCUGGAGGAAACAGCACGAACAUGUCAGACCUGCCGUCCUUCACUCCCAGCGUCUUCCCUCCCAGCGCCUUCAACUACGAGCGACCGAGGCAUUUCAUCCAAUCACAGGCGACCUUUCAAGCCCCCAGCUACGAGAGCGUUCUGAAAGAGGCCCAUGAGAACCAAAACAACUCUCAACAGAACCUCAUCAGCUCCCAACAUGUUACAGAGACACAGAGCCAAGCCAAAGUGAUGUCUGCCCAAAGUCAAUCUUUCUCUCAAACUCAGUCGGUGUCCAAGUCCAUGUCGCAAACGCAGGCACAGUUUCAGUCACUGAGCCUCAGUCAGAACCAAGCCCAGUCUGUGACGCAGACCCAGGCCCAAACCCAGGUUCAUACCCAGGCCCAGGCUCAGUUACAAUCCAAAACCGAGGCCCAUACCCAGGCUGUGAUGCAAACACAAACCUACACCCAGGCCCAGGCCCAGGCCCAGGCCCAGGCCCAGGCCCAAACCCGGGUUCAUACCCAGGCCCAGGCCCAGGUUCAUAGCCAUGCCCAGGCUCAGUUACAAACCCAAGCCGAGGCCCAUACCCAUUCCCAGGCCCUGAUGCAAACACAAACCCACACCCAGGCCCAGGCCCUGGCCCAGGUUCACACUCAGGUUCAUUCUCAGUCCCAGUCUCAGGCCCAGGUCCAGAUCCAGUCCCAGGCCAAUGGCACCAGCAAGUCCUCUCCAUCCUCUUCAAGUCUCAGCUCUCCUAUCUCCACCCCCGCCUCCUUUACUGCUCCUCCUCAUUCCUUCACAGCCCCCAUGCUCAGUCCGUCUGCUGCCCCCGCCUCCUCCUCUGCUCCUUUCCCCCUCCCGCCAUCCUCCCCUUUCCCCGCCUCCUCC